UUUAUUAUGUAAUAGGUUGAUCUCUGACAUUAGGAGGGCCUCGGGAAAAGUUUUGACACUGAAGAGGUCCUCGGCAAGAAACAUCUGUAAGGAAUGAACUUCUAUAAGGAAUGAACUUCUAUAAGGAAUGAAACGCGACAUUUUUGAACUAUAGGCUUAAUUACAAAUUUUAUCAUUUUUUAAGAUUCUCCGAAUAAUACAGAAGGUAUUGCCCCAUCUAGAAGAGAGUUGGAGUGUAUAACCCAAAGCUGUGUUUGUUCUUAUUAUGGAGGUAUUUUUACCCUUAUUUCAAUUAAUUUAUAGUGCAAAACUAAUGGUUCUGUUAAUGAUUGUACCCUUCCAAAUGGCCAAAAACUUCAAAAAGCACUUCGAAAAGAAAUUAGAAUGUUAUCAGAUAAAGAAAGAAAUGAUUUUUUUAAAGCAGUCAGAGAAAUGAAAAAUAAAGGAGGUUUUGAUUAUAUAGCCUUGAUACACAGAUUAGCCUUCGUAAACGGAGGAGCUCACAAUGGACCUGCUUUUUUCGUUUGGCAUAGGGAAUAUCUGAAAAGGUUCGAGAUUCUGCUUCGAAAAUAUAACCCAACCCUUGGCUUGCCCUAUUGGGAUUCUACUUUGGAUGGUCGAUUGCCAAAUCCGGCAGAUUCUAUUCUUUUUACUAAAGAUGGAGAUCCUUAUAUUACACGUGAUGUUGGCAAGGUUGGCAGGUGCUUUACAGAAUAUGAGUGAGUUAAUACUUGUUGUAUAAAGUUAGAAAAUAUAAAAUUUACCGACUGUGGACGAUUGGG